AUGAGCACUGUGCAGGAGUAUGCCCAUCUCAUUACCGCAUCGUCCAACAACAGUGACGUUGCAAAAUUAGCGGAAGAUGCGCUCAAAGCGCCACACAUUUUCUUCUUCGCGUCACUACUGCGGCUACCUGCGCUGCAGGCACUACGCAGUGAUGCGGCCCACGCAUGGAUUGUGCAGGUGAUGUCGGUACUUUGCCACGGCGGAGUGCGGGAACUGCGCCAACUCCCCAGCGAGGUGUUGCAGCACGUGACACCGCAGCUGCACCGCAAGGCAUGCAAGUUGUCUGUUCUCGCGCUCUGUGCGAAUGGCGGGCCGCUGCGGUUGUGUGAUGUGCGGGAUAUCACCGCAGUGGCAACACCAGGCGAUGCGGAGGCGCUGCUUGUCGACAUGAUGUCGGACGGAUUGCUGCGCGGCCGUAUUGAUCAGCGGGGCGGUGUGCUCGUGCUGCAGGAGUUCGCAGCGCGGGACGUACCUCGCGAGGAUGUUGCGAUGAUGCGGGAAAGGCUGGAGAAGUGGUGCAACAACUGCGAUGCACAAAUUGCUUUGCUGAAGGAAUUGAUGAAGGAAUAA